AUGCGGCUCCCCAACUCUUCGGGGCCGUCGCCACGACAGACACAGGCGACCGUCAUCGUCAGCCUCGUCAUUCUCACUCUUCUGACGGCCUUUGCGGUUUCCCAUGCAGUUCAGCCGAUUCGGGAUGAAGGUCAUUCAGACAUCACCGCCAGAAGAGAUGCAAUUCUCGGACGGAGACAGCAGUUCGGUGCCGGCAGCCUUAUCGGUGGCAUCUUACAUCAGCCUAACCCAGCUCCCCACCAAGGUCAACCCGCCAUCGACACUCCUUUGCCUGCAGCUGCUCCUGUCACUCCCAACAAUCAGCCUCAGGGCCCUCUUGGUGGCCUCGGUGCUGCCGUCGGCUCCGUCGUGACCAACGUUGUCGUCCAGAUUGUUGCACCUCUGAAGUCCGCUGCUGGCGGUCUAGCAGCCCCUGGUGCCAACCUUGGCGACGUCGUCUCGGCUGUGCCUACCUUGGUCAGCUCUGCGCCAGUCGUUGUCAACUCGCUACUCGCACCUGGCAGCCUUCCCAACGCCCCGAUCGUCAACCCAGCUGGUCAAACAACUCAGUCUCCCGGAACUGGCGGGCUCAUCCCUCCUGCAAUCGACGGGCUGGUCAGCGUUGUGGGCACUGUUGUCCCCAUAGCAUCGUCUGUCCUCGGUAGCGCCAUUGGAAACCUCGAUCCUGCAGCACAGCAGGUUGGCGGUGGUCUACCAGUUCCCGUUACUGAUGUGACUGGAGCCCCCGUCAACGGAAACAAUCCCGUCAUCACCAACGUCCCGGCAGCACUCACCGGCGUUGUGGCCUCCAUCAUUGACGGUGUUCCCCCGGUCGCUGGUGCACUCACAGAUGCUGCAUCGAUUCCAUCCGCCGUACCUCCUGUCGGCGGCGCCAACCCUCUCAGCAAUCCGGUUAUUCCAGGUCUCGGUAGCACGUUGGCAGAGGCCUCAAUUGUUCUCCCCUCAAACCUACCAGUCGUCGCACCUCAGCUUCCUGGAGAUUCGAGCAUCGCCGAUCCAGUUGCUACAGGACCCCUCAUUUCUGCAACCAGCAUUUCCGGACUCAACGCCGGUGGUUCUGCUGGCCUGACUUCUGCCCCUGAGGGCUCAUCCGACAGCAAACCAUGCACAAUGGUCAGCAUCUCCAAUGGUACACCGACCUUCAUUUUCACGACUUGCCCGGCUAGCAUGGUUCCGACCGCCUUUGUUGCAAGCGCUGCUCCAUCCACCUGGUUGACAGUUCCCUCUGCUGCAUCUUCUGCUCUAUCGGCUAAUGGAAGCCCUCCUCCCUCGCCUCAGACCAGUCCGGCUGUUCCUCAAGGGACUCCUGUUGCAACACCGCCCGCAGCUGGACAGUUGUCAUCUGCUUCUCAGUCCCCCGCUGGUGGCUCCAACAUGGGCUCUUCGGUCAGUCCACCAACCUCUCAACCUGGAGCUGCGAGCCCGAGCAACAACCCUCAACCACAAAACACCGACAGAGGAGGCCAACCCCAAUCUCCUGCACAACCUGGAAGCCCCCCGCAAACACCUACGCCAAGUACCUCCGCAUCAAGCAACCCCAACCAGCCUUCCGGCCAGCCGAAUGGUGCCGCUCCUGCUCCUGGUUCGCCUGCUGCGUCGGCACUGACUCCUUUCACCACUAUCACCAUCCCUGCUGCACCACCUGCUGCAUCCGCUGGGCCUGCUGGACCUGUUGGGUCUGCUGCUUCUUCUCCUGGAUCUCCCGCUGCACCUGCUGCACUGCCUACUUCUCCUGCUGCAUCUGCUGGACCUGCUGGGCCUGCUGCUUCUUCUCCUGGAUCUCCCGCUGCACCUGCUGCACCAACUACUUCUCCUCCUGGACCAGCUGCUUCCUCUCUUGGAUCUCCUGCCGCGCCGCCUGCUUUGCCACCCGCUGGAGCACCCUCAACCGCUGGCGGCAACCCAGCACCAUCACCAACCUCCCAGUCCGGUGGCAUCUUGGGAGUUGAUGUCGGACAAGACCCCGCACAGGGAGGAAACAGCCCGCCUGCCACCCCAGUCAUUCCCAUCUCGGACUGCCCAGCAGUUGUACAGUGCCCCGCGUGCCUGCCUGAUCCAUCAAAGCCGGGAGAUGGCUCUGGUCCAUGCCCUGGCCGAGGUUACUCCUGCUCAGAGUGUCUCGAUGGCUGGUUCUGCCCUCCCCAGGAGACCCCAAUGAUGCCUGCACCCUGCGGCAUGGGCUGGCCUUGCUACCACUGCAAAGGUGGCUGGUACUGCGCUCCUUCUUCGGCCAUGUCAGAUGCAGGUGCCAAUGACCCUCCCGUCGUCAUCAAGACUGUGACUGCCAUUGUCGCUGCUCAGCCUACAACGGGCUCUGGAGGCGAUGGCAACGGGAAUGGGAACGGCAAUGGAAACGGCAAUGGAAACGGCAAUGGAAACGGCAAUGGAAACGACGAUGGAAACGGCAACGACAAUGGCAAUGGUGCUGCAUCAACGCCAUGCGCUUCAGCAGCUGGCGGCCAGCCAACUGGUGCCCCUGCAAACGGAAACGGCUCAGGCAAUCCACAAGGAAAUCCCAAUGAUGGCUCUGGCAACGGCAAUGGCAACGCAAACCCAGACGACAAGAAUGCUGGCAAUGGCAAUUCUGGAAACAACGGUUCUGGCGAUGGUUCAGGCGGGAACAACAAUGGCAAUUCUGGCACUGGGAACCCUCCGGCUACACCUCCAAAUGCUGGCCCGGCCAACGCCCCGACGUCUACCUGCACAAAAUCAAAUGGAGGCCAACCUACAGAUGGAGCAAACAAUGGUCCUGGCAACGGUGCUGGCAAUGGAACACCCAACGGCCCAAGCAAUGGUGCUGGAAACGGAACUCCCAAGGACCCAGGCAACGGCGCUGGCAGUGGAACGCCUAACGGUCCAGACAAUGGUGCUGGUAACGGGACUCCCGGCGGCCCAGGUACAGGUGGUCCAGCCAGCUCUCCUGAUGGAUAUGGAGCGUCUCCUGCGUCUCCGCCUGCUGACCCCAAUGCCGGAGCUGGCAAUGGAGGCUCUCCCGGCAGUGGAGAUGGAAACGGAAAUGCAAACGGAGGUGGCAGCGGCCCAGGCACCGGCUCUGACAGCGGCGCUGGCAGUGGCAGUCCCAACAAUGGAGCCGGGUCUAAUGCAGGAUCAGGAGCACCAAACGGAAACGGGUCACCGGGUAACACCGGCCCAUCUUCAACGCCAUCAACCGACAAUGGAGGCGCAGGCGCCGGAGAUCCUGGGGCGGGUUCCGGAAGUGCACCGCCCAACAAUGCCGCUCCCAAGGCUGAAUCUGCUUGCUCUGGUUGGAAGCUUCUCGGUUGCUUCAAGGACUCUUCCAUCCGAACACUCGAUGGCGACCCGUCCAGCUACUUCGCUGGAAGUAUGUCCAACGAGAAGUGCAUCGCACACUGCGCCUCCAAGGGCUUCAAGCUUGCGGGCACAGAGUACGCAACAGAGUGCUGGUGUGGCAACGCAUUCCAACUUGCCGAACGUCUUCCCACAGAGCAGUGCAACAAGGUCUGCGAUGGUCGUUCCACGGACAUUUGCGGAGGCGAUUGGGCUGUCACCGUGUACAGCGCCGAUGGUCAAGCUCUGAGCGUGCCGUCUGACGACGAUGCUGGUAAUGGCAACGGCUCUGGCAACGGCAACGGCUCUGGCAACGGCAACGGCUCUGGCAAUGGCAAUGGCUCCGGCAAUGGCAAUGGCUCCGGCAACGGUACUGGCCGCGCGGGUGAUCCAAAUGUCGGAAAUCCUUCAUCUCCUCCUCAAGGCAAUGCUCCAGCAACACCUCCACCCGCAUCCCCUCAGCCUGCCCCCCAAAGCCAGCCCGCACCAGCUCCCGCACCAGCUCCCGCAGUCACACCUCCGCCAUCUCCCAAUCCCCCUGGACAGUCCCAGAAAGACUUGCUCGCCCUUCUCCAGAGCAUGAUCAACGCCUUGCCCAAGGCAAGUCCUGAUGGCGGAUACGGGACUGGCCUGGGAGCAAGGGACUCUGGGUCUGGUGGCAGCAACCCGCCUGCAGGUAGCGACAACGGUAACGGCAAUGGCGGACUUCCUGAUCUCGGACCGUUGAUGGGACCUGGCCCUGUCGUUCCACCAGAGGGACUCACGGGCUACGGUUUGGGGAACAAGGCUGUGUCCAGCCGGAGCAUGAAGCGGAGCCGGAUCAUAGAGCGGCGUCUGGUCGCUGAGUACAAUGGUGCUGCCUGCGACAAGGGACCUGACGGAGAGGGAUGCGUUGAUGAGAGGGUCAAGCGCUGA